UUUUAACGUGUCAUGUAAAUCAGUAGCUGGGGCUUUUCUCUUAAUUUCCCACCAAACCAGCAGAAGAAGACCCUAUGAAAACCCCACGCAUGGGAAGUAUAUGUAACCAUUUAGAAUCAUUUUAAAUGUCAAUGCAUAAGGAAUCCCGGGGAUCCAGUUUUAAUGGGACAAUAAAACCGAACCACAAAGUUGUUUCUCUCUCUCCCCCCCCCUCUCUGUCUCUUUUGUUUAAGUUGCAGCCUCACUUCAACGCUGCCAGCUCUGUAGCACUCGUAAACACAUUCACACUUCUCUUUUAUUUAAAUAUCGGUUACGUUAUGGCACAUAAUUGAAGAGAGAAAAAAAUGCAUUUGAAUGGUGUCUGGCGGAGCAGGUCCAAUCCACAAACCCACACUGAUUUAAAAAGCGCACAGAAAGGAGAGAGACAGGACCAGUUUCUGUUCCUGGAAGAGCAAAGGCACCUCAACAAUCAAGUUAAUUAAAACUACUGCGGGUGUCAGAAAAAAGGGAAUUAUAUUCAUAGCCAUUAAUUAUUUAAAAAAGUACACAAUUUGCAUAAUGAAGUAGAUUAAGACUCAUCUUUAAAUUAGAUUAUCAGUGCUGACUCUGUUAAGGUCUAAUUUCUUCUUCUUUUAUUAAGUUUGUGAAGAAAAGGAAAUCCUACUUAAAAAAAAAAAAAAGUUAAACUAUCUCCUUGCGCUUUGCCCACCAGGAGAAAAAAAAAUCUCUAAAGCUGAUGGUCUCUCUGCGAUUACCCUAUCAGGUGCAAACCGCUGACAUGUUUCCACCCACCAACAACAAAAAAGCCUCUCUGUGCCCAAAUCUCCAGCCGCAGUCGCACAAACACCGCUGACAGGCAGGCAGCAGGCAGGCAGCGCUGCGCUAUCACCAGCCUCUCCAGGGAUCUACGACUUUUACUGUCACUGCGAGAUUUUUUGAAUUUUAAUUUCACCUGGAUAAGUUUAUCUGCUUGCCUUGUUUUUUGAGGACCGCUUUAUUUGAUUUUCCCCCCUAACAUUCCUACAAUGUCAGAAUAAAAUGUGCCUUGCAAGGUGUAGAAAUCCCCCACAGGUACGGACCAAGAUGAAGAGCCUGUGAUCUCUGGAGGAGCAGAAGCUCAAAGGAUAUUUUUUUAAGUAAGGGGAAUUUUUUGAGACGUCGCAGCUUGGCUCCAGUUUAAGGUGAACUUUUGAUACUCUGAGGACCUGAUCUGAGAAGUUAAUCUUUGGGAUAGUUCCCCCAACAAGGAAGCGCCCAAUGUUGUACUCCGUGCCUUUCCUGCUGCAUAUAUCCUUACAUUGGGAUUCAGUCUCCUGCUUACCGCCGGAGUUGUGUGCGUAAAAAGACGCGCAGCGGAGCGAAAGCCAGAGAGAGACAGAGAAGGAGGCGAUCCCGCCAACCUUUCCCGGGGCUCUGAGUGCGUGAAGCAGGUGUAUUUGAGCCGUCUUUCUGAAAGCCAAGAUGUCCGUGCUGCCUUCGAGGUUCCUCUACCUGUGUUUACACUUUCUGGUUUUCUACUUCCAGCUGCAGGAAUCGCAGCAGAGCACUGCCGAUUUCAGGUUUUACAUUGAAAACCACACGAGGAACCCAGAUGACCUGAGCCGAAAGCAGGUCCGGAUCUACCAGCUCUACAGCAGGACCACAGGCAAACACGUCCAGAUCCUGGGGAAGAAAAUCAAUGCCAACGGAGAUGAUGGGGGCAAGUAUGCCCUUCUUGUUGUGGAGACAGAAACAUUCGGAAGUCACGUUCGAAUAAAAGGAAAAGAAAGUGAACAUUAUAUUUGCAUGAACGACAAGGGCAAAAUUGUCGGAAGGCCUGAUGGAAGGAGGCAAGAGUGUGUCUUUGUCGAGGAAUUCCUGGAGAACAACUACACGGCUCUUGUAUCGGCCAAGUACAAAGGAUGGUACCUUGGCUUCAACCGGAAGGGCCGGCCCAAGAAAGGCUCACGCACCACGCAGAGGCAACAGGAAGUCCACUUCAUGAAGCGCCAGCCGAAGGGUCGAGUGGACCCGUUGGAGGAGUUCCGUUUCACCACAGUAACUAAGCGGACACGAAGGGCUCGGCGGUUAAAAACCAACCCCAAGAGGAACUGACGGGACCGUUGGGAAAGCACUAGAUGUCCUCACAGGAGGAAACAGAAACUGAAAAUCUCAAGCUUCUUAAAAGAAUCACCUUAAAGACUCUGCUUCUGUAACAGAAAGACAAACUAAAAGAACAAAAAGUCAAAGAUGUUUUAUUUUUGUAUUUCAGGAUGACUGAAUAUUUCCUGACUCUUGGAUUCUCCUGGGUUGAUGUCUUUGUGCUAAUGUUUCUGUCAUGUUAUUUAUACCGGAUAAACUCAAGGACCUCUGAGAGAACUCGUGUCGCUGCUGUCCUCAGCCACGUUUGAACUGCAAGCUGAAGGCAUACUUUCUUUUUGACAAUGGGAGCUGAAGCAGGAGCUGACGCAAUGUUAUAAAAAUCAGCCAACUAGAGAUUUAUUGGAAUACCUGUCGGUUUUUGUUUGUGUUACCCCUGACAACGCGGAUCCCAUACUUUCCACUGGAAUUAGACACCAUGGAGAUGAAACGGAGAGAGGCGGCAGGUGACACCGCGCUGCCGGGAUAACUGUGUAGCUUUGAGUGCAAUAUUUUACAAGUCUCUUGUCCUCUACGUUCUUUCCAUAUGUCUUUCAUCCCUAAAAGUCACUUGUGGCUCCUGGAAUGCGCUGAAACCUCGCAGUCCCCAGUGAGAUCUUCAUGACAUUUCCAUGCAGCCUGCGAUUCAGCUGAAACGCAACGUGCUUUGACGAGUCCAACACCCGUUGUGAUUUUAGUCUUGUUUAAACACUGAAAGGACACAGUACAAACAGAAAAAACAGCGUAAUUCCACACUGUCUUCCAGCUUCAACACACGUGGGGAAGGUUGUUAAUCCCUUUUGUCUGUUUCUAUUAACUCUUCAUCACAUGUGUUAAAACUGUUUCAAAUAUGGAUUCCUUUUAUUCCUAAACUGAGAGCUUGCCAGCCUUUUGGGGCUGACAAUGACUUCCUCUACCUCUUUUGUUUGUGUUCAGUUAAUCUCAACUUUGACCUUAAACUCAGCUCUUCUUCUUUUCUUUCGCUCACUUGAAGAUGCUUUUGGAAAAAAAGCAUACCAAUCAUCCACAGACAGAAAAUCUGUGCAUUAUCCUACAUUAUUCUAUAAACCUCCAUCUGAUGAUUAAAGCUUCUUCUCAAAUACUGAGAUGACAGGAUUCAGAGAAUCCUUUCAGCCAGAUGUCAUGUCUGAAUCAUAAAAAGGGAAAACACUUUGCUUCUCACCGACAACAAACUCCAGGUUUUUUCACCAGUAGUUUGUAUUUACCUGACCCCUGGCAGGUCUUUUUGUAUGAGUUGCUACUAACAACAUGACACAUUUAUGUUUUUUUUAAACAAAUCUAAGCAAAAAAUAAUUUUAUGACUAUUAUUAAGAUAUUUAUUGUCUCCUUUUGUAAAUAAAAUGUGAGUUUUAUUUGGCCUCUUUUAAUAAAAUGAGGACUGU